CCCUCCUUUCACCCAAAUACCCGAUACCCUUAAAACCCCACUACUUUUGUCACUAAUUUGAUCCGCAAAACCUCAAAAUCAUACAAUUCAUUCAAACCCAAAAAUGGGACUUAAUUUUCUAACAAGCUUAGCUAAACGCACCAUAAUUCAACAUUCAAAACGCUGCUUCACUUCCAAGAAUUCAGUUUCCAGAAUAUGGACUGAUUCUCAUUCUUGUACUAACAAUUUCAAAACAACUACAAUUCCUACAACCCCUUCUUCUUUCUCAUCUUUGUUUAUUCUUCGAAAAUCCUAUUCAUCUGCCUCUUCAAAAACCCAACUGGGAUUUUUGAGAUGGUAUUUAGGAGCUUUAGAGUCUCGUCCAAUUAUUACAAAAAGCGUAUCCUCUGCUAUUAUUUAUGCUGCUGCUGACCUAACUUCCCAGAUGAUUACGAUGUCACCUUCAGAUUCUUUAGAUAUAAUCAGGACUCUGCGUAUGGCUGGCUUUGGACUAUUAAUUUUAGGAACAGCUCAACAUCAUUGGUUUAACUUUAUGGGGAGGGUAUUGCCAAAUCGGGAUAUCGUUAGUACGUUGAAGAAACUGUUGAUGGGACAGCUUGCUUUUGGGCCUGUGAUUAACUCUGUUUUCUUCUCUUUCAAUGCUGCCCUACAAGGUGAGAAUGGGGAGGAAAUCGCUGCAAGGUUGAAGCGUGACCUGCUCCCAACAAUGAUGAAUGGCCUAAUGUACUGGCCGUUUUGUGAUUUCUUGACAUAUAAAGUAAUCCCUGUCCAUUUGCAGCCAUUGGCCAAUAGUGCAUUCGCAUAUGCAUGGUCGAUAUAUUUGACGUAUGUGGCAAGUUUGAAGAAAGCUGUUGCUGUUUAGUUUGUAAGCCCUGCUCUGCUCUGGAAGUCUCGAAGCGCGCAAGGAUAGAAUUUAAGAGAAAAUGAUUGCCGAUAAGCGCUGCAUAUUGAGGAAAAAAACAAUGAUAGCAGAAGGAAAAAAAACAGGGUCUAGAGUGGAUUUUGAUUCUCAGCAAUGAUAGCAGAAGGAAAAAAACAGGGUCUAGAGUAGAUUUUGAUUCAUUCUUACAUUUAUUUCCGUUAUUUUAAAUUUGCACUGUAUUGAUGAAGGAGAGUCGUUAAGAAUAUUCCACGUCUGUUACUUAUAAAAAGUUGCAUUUCAUAGUCUUUGCAUUACACUGUAUGUCAUUUUACAUAACUUUUUCAAUUUUUUUUUUGAACUUUUCAUUAGUAAACAUUUGUAAUUUGACGUGAUGUUUUUAAUCGAGCAAAGUAUGAGGAGUUGCAAGCAUGCAUA